AUGAAUCCCUGCGUGACGACGCGCCGCGCUUGCGCAGCAGUCGCCGCCGCCCGCGGGCAGUGCGCCCGUCGGUGGGCGCACAUCGAAUCCGGACCCGGCAAGCCGCGCCUCGGAUCCAAGUCCAAACCCAAGGCACCCGGGCCUACCCCUUACAAGCCGUGCGCCCUCCCCUUGCCCCCUCGCCCUUCACGCGCAAGCCCGACUAACCUCCCUCGACAAAGAACCUCACAGGUCCGUCCGCGCCCUCCACCGCUGCCCAAAUCGAAACCGCAACCGCCCGCCGACACCCUCCUGAGCGUAUGGCGGGCCACCUGGCUCCCCCUCAGCGGCGCCGCCCUCGUCGCCGGCGCCCUCGGCUUCUACAUCUUCGGCACCGCCGCCGCCUCCCUCCAACGACCCUGCCCGGCCUGCCACUCCGACCACCAGACCACUCCGACGGGCCGCCCGCCCGCGCUCACCGGCGACAACGCCGAGCAGUUCGACAAGGAGCUGGAUUGGCCCGAGUACUGGAUGGGCAUCACCGGCCUCCGCCGGCGUCUGGCCGCGCACGCCCGCGGCGACGUGCUCGAGCUGGCCAUGGGCUCCGGGCGCAACCUGGCGCACUACGACUGGUCGCCGAUCGAGGCCGCGCUGGUCGCCGCCGCCGCCGCCGCCACCGCCGACGAGCCGAGGAGGAGGGAGAAUGUGCCGAUGCGUGCGAGGCAGGGCAUCACGUCGUUCACGGGCCUGGACAUCUCGGCGGACAUGCUGGACGUGGCGCGGCGGAAGCUGACCGAGACGGUGCCGCCGCUCAAGGACGCCGCGGUGGUCGUGCGCGCCGCCGCCGCGGCGGACAGCACCGGCGGGCAUCUCUCCCUGCUCGACGGCCGGCUGCGGCUUGUGCGCUCCGACGCGCACCACGCCCUGCCCCCCGCGCCCUCCUUCGGCCCCAACGGCGGGGGUGACAGCAAGUACGACUCGGUGAUGCAGACGUUUGGCCUCUGCUCCGUGGCCGACCCCGUCGCGGUGCUGCGCAACCUCGCGACGGUGGUCAAGCCGGGCACCGGGCGCAUCGUGCUGCUGGAGCACGGCCGCGGCCACCUCGGGCUGGUCAACGGGCUGCUGGACCGCCACGCCGGACGCCACUUUGACAAGUACGGGUGCUGGUGGAACCGGGACAUCCAGGCCAUCGUGGAGGAGGCGGCGGCGGCGGCGGCGGCGGAGGGCGCCCCGCGGCUGACGGUGGUGCGCGUAGAGAGGCCCAAGGUGCUGCAGCUGGGGACGCUGGUAUGGGUCGAGCUCAAGGUCGAGGAGGACCCGGCGGCGGCGGGGAAGAAGUGA